AAAAAAAAAAAAAAAAAAACAUCUCCAGACUCAACCCCACAACAUCACAGAACAAGAUGUCAUGUAACCUCCUCACCAACCCCUCCUUUGAAACCGGCACCCUAUCGCCGUGGUUCACCACCGUCCCCAACGUGAACAUCGCCACCGUCACGAACGCGACCGCCGCCUACGAUGGCGAGUACUACCUCGACCUCAAAACCGACUACGGCAACCGGGGCCACUCGAUCGCGCAGACCCUAACCGGCCUGCAGCGCGGCACGGUGUACGACUUCUCGGCGCAGAUCAAGAUCCCGGGGCCCUCGGGGGUGGAAUACUGCUUUGUGGACGCGUACGUCGGGGCGAACGCGACGACGGGGGCGAUCGUCUCGCAGCUGCUGGAGCCGACGGGCGAGUGGACGACGGUGCGCGGGUCGUAUAAGCGGACGGGCCGGCGGGUGGAGGACGUGUUGACGCUGACGGGGUCGUGUACGUCGCCGGGCAGUUCGUAUGUUUGGGAUGUGUUGGUGGAUGAGGUGGUUUUCGAGGCUGUGGGAGGGUGUGCUUGA